AUGAAUAAUCUUAAAAAAAUCUUUAUAAUGUUGACUUUUACACUACCAAGACGCAAAAAGACUGAACCAAUGUUAUUAUGGUGGACUAAAGUUGUUGUUUCAAUAAUCCUUUUAAGUGGAUUAAUUGUAUAUAUAUAUGUUUUAAUCGAUUUGAUUAAAAAGGAUGAGCCUUCAAUUCAAUAUACUACUACUAAGUUAGACUCUCAACGACCACUUCCAGCAUUUAGUUUUGGUAUGGUUGAUCAAAAUGUAACAAUACAUUGCGCUACUGUCAUGCCUAUUAAUGAUGAUGAUGUUCAUACUAAGAGGGAAAAUUGUUCCACCAGUUUUAAAUUGGUUGACAGAGAAGGUUCUAGAUAUUACAAAUUUACUCCUAUUAAUAAUAGCCGUCUGUUGUUCCUUCAUUGGAAUCAUACUGGAAAUGGCAUUAGUGUUAUUACAUUUGGUGGAGAGUUAGAUGAUAUCAGAGAUAAUUAUCCAGGUCAAACUAACCUCCAAAAUUAUAUAGAUUUUCUCCAAAGUAACCGAGUGAUUAUUCAAGAAAACAAAGAAAAUGAUUUUUUUAUUGAAUGGACUAGAAGAAAAUACUUAAUUCGUGAUUGGACAAAUUAUUUAGGUUUUCCUAAUCAUCAUGUUUCACUUCAUAUUGCAGAACCAAUAGUAUCAACACAUACAACAAGUUCUUAUGAAAACCAGACUACAGUAUACAUUAUACCAUAUGGUUAUACAAAUAAUUAUUUUGAAACUGUUGAAACAGAAAAAAGAUUUGAAACUGUCUUGAGCAAUAUUGGUCCACUUGGAGGUGCAAUUAGCUUACUGUUAGGAAUUUAUGCUAUUUUAUUUGGUGGAUCACUCCUGAACCCUUGGGGAAUCUUUCAAAACCAUUGUUGCAAGUAUAAGUCAAGAUCAAAAAGAAAGCUUUUGAAGAAUUUGUCAGUGAUUCCUUUGACCGAAAAAAACCAAUUAUAUUAUGAAAAGUCUAAAGAUCUAGAUAUUAUCUCUCUUAGAUUCAAUUCUUUGGAAACAAUUCUAAGAGAGUAUAUUAUAAACGCAGAUUUCCUUGAUGAAUUGGAGACUGAAAAAAUUGAUAUUGGUAUUGAUGAGAGUAAUAGAUAA